GACUCAUACCGUUUUGUCGUCUUUGCAAAUUUGUGAAGUGGUCUAGAAAAUUUUGUUUAAAUUCUGUUUUCUAUACAAUCAUGUCUCUGAAUACGGCUCAUGCCAACAAUGGCGUUCUUAUACAUGCUGGAGAAUUUAUAUUGAUUUUCUCCGACAAUGUAUCGAUUGAGUUCAUCGGCCAAGAUGGACCGGAGUUCAAAGGUACCAAACAAGGUCGGAUCUACCUGACCACUCACAGAAUGAUAUUCAACGCAAAAAACGCUGGUGAUCAGAUGCAGUCAUUUAGCUUUCCGUUCAUUUCUCUCAAUGAUGUACAACUUGAACAACCCGUUUUCGGCGCCAAUUAUAUCAAAGGCAAGGUACGAGCUCAAGUUAACGGAAACUGGAGUGGUGAAGCGAAAUUUAAGCUGGUAUUCAAAAAUGGUGGAGCGAUUGAUUUUGGCCAGGCCAUGCUAAGGGCAGCGUCAAUGGCCCAAAGAAACGGAGGCAACGGAGCUCCACCACCAUACACUCCCCCUGGAACCGAUUGGUUUGCUGCUCCUCCCCCGGCCUAUACUCCGAAUCCUUACAACUACGGAUGGGUUCCGACCGGCACGGUUUUUUCACAACAACCGCCACCUAAUUCCAUUUAUAUGCAUGAUAGCCCGCCCCCGUACCCAGGAAUCAUUGCGAAUCAACCGCAAAAUUACCCUGCACAGCCACCCUACGGUGGUGCGUAUCCUGCGCAACAGAAUGGCUAUCCAACACAGCAGCCAGGCUAUCCGGUUCAACAACAUGGAUUUGCACCACAGCAACCAGGUUAUCCUAUGCAGCAGCCCGGAUAUCCACCGCAACAAGCCGGGGGAUUUCCAGCGCAACCCGGCUACGGCUUUGUGACUGGUCCGGGUUAUUCUGGGGACCAGAAUGGAGCCGCUGGAUUUACACCCAAUCAGGGACCGCCAGCUAAUUCCAAAGAAGCUGAAGCCGCGCAAAGCGCCUUUUACGAUCCCAGUAGGCCCCCUACGGGAUACGCACCACCCCCAGCUUAUUACGAACCUCCGCCAAGCUACAACACGCUCGAUCAGAAUAGAAAAUGAAUAUCUUGUUGAUUGUAAAUAUUUUAUGUUAUCAUUGUUAUCAAUCACAUGCGCCGGUAACUCGAAAGUGUAUCACGGAGCUGAACUUCUAUACUUUAGAAAAUUGUAACCAAUAAUUUCAACAUAAACAACACCUUAAAACCAUUCCAUAACGGAGAAAGUGUUUUAACAAAUAAAAUUAAAUCUGAUAGUUCAGUCUAUAUAUCAAAAGAUGCGAAAAUGUUUAAUACUUUCUUGGAACACAUGAAUGUAUAAAUGUUCUACCACCAUUGCUUUUAGCUGCUGAUUUCUACCCUAAAAUAAACUACCUAUUCAAUAAAAGUUUAUCAAAUAUACGA